ACUUUUGUUCACGUUUCUCUUUCAUUUGAAUUCUCAAUAUGUCGAACAUUAAGAGAAAGAAGACCAGAAAGCUCCGUGGUCAUGUCAGUCAUGGACAUGGUCGUAUCGGCAAGCACCGUAAGCAUCCGGGAGGUCGUGGUAAUGCUGGUGGUAUGCACCAUCAUCGUAUCAACUUCGACAAAUACCAUCCAGGAUACUUCGGUAAAUUGGGUAUGAGAAAUUUCCACUUGAGACAAAACUCGAAAUUCUGCCCAACCAUUGGAUUGGAUAAGUUGUGGUCAUUGGUUGGCGACAAAGCCCGUGAAGAAUGCCGCAAAGACAAGGAAGGCAAAGUUCCAGUUGUUGACUUGGUCAAAUUCGGCUACUACAAAUUGUUGGGAAGUGGACACAUCCCAAAACAACCAAUCAUCGUGAAGGCCAAAUACUUCUCGAAGAAGGCUGAAGAACGCAUCAAGGCCGCCGGUGGAGUUUGCUUGUUGAGAGCAUAAUUUGGGCAUGCAUAACAUUCGUUAUUUUGUUUAAUAAAAAACAACGAAAUUUCAACAUCAAAA